AGUGCCCACGCUGACCACGCUGUGCCUGCAGAGCCUGGCCCAGCACAUGCAGAGCCUCUGGGCCAAGGACUACAGUGACAACUACCUGGACGAGUACGAGUUCCGCUUCCUCGUGGGCCCCUUCAACGAUCUGGCCUGCGGGCUGGUGCAGGAGCUGCUGCGGCUGCUGGGGACGAGCCGGCGGCUGUCGCGCGCAGCGCUGCAUCUGCUGCUGCUGCCACACCUGCGCCAGCUCAGCCUGCGCUCGUGCCCCGCGCUCGCCAACAAUGCCCUGGGCAACCUCAUCGUCCUGCGCUGCCAGGGCCUGAGUGUGCUGGACCUGGGGGGCUGUGGGCGGCUCUCGCCGUCCGUGCUGGUGGACCUGGCCGAGGGGCUGCCCCGCCUGAGCCGCCUGGGGCUGGCCCACACCCAGGCCAACGUCCAGGUGCUCUCGGCCGUGGGCUCCUGCUGCCGCCACCUGCGGGAGCUCGACGUGUCCGGCUGCAAGAAGGUGACACCGCGUGCCCUGCGCCACCUGGGCUACGACCCCCUGGCACGGACCCCCUGCUGCCCCGCACUCCGUGUCCUGCUGGCCCGCAAUCUGGAGCACACCGGGGACAGGGACAUGGUGGCCGCUGUGGCCUUUCUGCUGCUGGCCCUGCCGUGCCUGGAGGUGCUGGCACACGGUGCCGUGCCGGACGCGCUCCAUCUGCUCCAUACUCAGCAGCUGGAUGGCACCGAGGACUCAGAGGGCUUCCCCUCGCUUGAGGAGCUGGCACAGAGCCAGGGAGCCACACCAGAGGGACUCCCGCUCAAGCUGCCCCUGCGGCAGCUGGAGGAGGUGGAGGAGGAUGCCCUGGGCACCGUGCACGCCGUGUGUCCCAAGGCUGAGGAGGUCAGCGUGUGGCUGGGGGACAGCCCUGGCCCCGCAGGGCUCCGGGAGCUGCUGGGCUGGAAGCGCCUGUCCCGGGUGACGCUGGGCUGCACCGGGCGGCACGGCCGGGCACUGGCAGAGGUGCUGCCGCUGGCAGAGGGCCUGGGCACCCGCCUGCACACCCUGACCCUGCACGGCUUCAGCUGCCGGGACCCGCUCUCGCUGCCCUCRCUGCUCUCCAACUGCCCCGGCCUGCAGAGCUUCAGCGCCGAGCUGGAAGUGCCGCCGGACCCCCGUGCCCGCGACGAACCCCCAGAGGAGUCCCCUGCCUCACCGCCACGCUGGGCCACCGACCUGCUGCCCCGCGGGCUGCCCCAGCUGCAGAGCUUCUCGCUGACCCUGGCCGGGUCUGUGCCGGCCGCGCACAGGCCGGUGCUGAGCUCCACGCUGGCCUCGCUGCUUUGCGGGGCCCCGCAGCUCCAGACCCUGCGCCUGCUGGCCGUGCCCUUCUCGCUGGACUCGGUGCUGGAGCCGGCGCUGGCGGGGCCGGCGCUGCGGGAGCUGCGGGAGCUGUCGCUGGCCGAGAGCUGCGUGUCCGCCGGAGCCGUGUGGCAGCUGCUGAGCUCCGAGGGGCCCCUGCGGCGCCUGGACCUGUCCCGCUGCCCCGACAUCCACCGGCGCGACUACGAYGGCUUCCUGCAGGCCGUGAAGAAGCAGCGGCUGGACCUGGAUAUCACCUGGGAGUAG